CAUUUUCCAAUGUCAGUAUAAACAAAAAACAAACAACAAAUCACCUGCAAAAGGUUUAGUCAAUACCAGCUACAUGAUUCACAUACAUUACAAAGAGAUAUGCAUUGAAUGUGCGCCGACUAGCUCCAAGUUCGAUGCACCGUUGCCUGUCAUUCUGUUGCCGAAGCAACAACGGAGACAGCCAGACUCCCUCCUUCACCCUGCCCAGAAAGAUCUGGAAAGUGGAAGAUAAUUCAUCGCGCACUUCCAGCUUGCAAUUGCUGUAAAGAGGGAGAACUUUCUGGAAAGUUUGCAAACUAUAUAUAGGCUAGCUAACUUAGACAGCUAGUUCGCCACCCUGGUUGUCAACAACCUGGAAAAACGAAGGUGUAACGUUUUAACGCUAGGCAUACAAGAUUUGCUCGUCGCUCUCUGGUUCACAGUGACAGUUGAAUGGGAAGCAUACUCUGAACAUGUCAGUUGUAGGAUUUGAUGUCGGAUUUCAGAACUGCUAUAUUGCUGUCGCCAGAGGAGGAGGAAUUGAAACGGUGACAAAUGAAUUCACAGACAGAUGCACACCAGCUGUUGUGUCAUUUGGGCAAAAAAACAGAACCAUUGGCAAUGCUGCAAAAAAUCAGCUCAUAUCCCAUGCCAAGAACACGGUGUUCAACUUCAAGAGGUUACAUGGCAGAUCAUUCCAAGAUCCUGUGGUUCAAAGUGAGAGGGCCAACCUGCCAUAUGACCUGGGACCCACAGAGGAUGACUGUGUUGGAGCCAAGGUGCUGUACAUGGAUGAAGAGCACCUUUUUAGCACAGAGCAAGUCACUGCCAUGCUUCUGACCAAGAUGAAGGAGAUUGCUGAAGCACAUCUUCAGAAGAAAGUGCACGACUGUGUCAUCUCUAUUCCGUCAUUCUUCACUGAUGCAGAAAGGAGGUCUGUGUUGGCGGCUGCCCAGAUUGCUGGCCUGAACUGCCUCAGGCUAAUGAACGAAACUACAGCAGUCGCCUUGAAUUAUGGAAUAUACAAACAGGACCUCCCACCCCAAGAGGAGAAGCCAAAGACUGUGGUUUUUGUUGAUAUGGGCCACUCUGCAUUUCAAGUGUCUGCCUGUGCAUUCAGCAAGGGAAAAGUAAAGAUGCUAGCCACAGCCUUUGAUCCUUACUUGGGCGGUAGGGACUUUGAUCAGAGAGUGGUGGAUUACUUCUGCGCCGACUUCAAGUCGAGGUACAGGCUGGACGUGAAAUCUCGCGCGCGAGCCCUCCUGCGUCUCCGGCAGGAGUGCGAGAAGCUGAAGAAGCUGAUGAGCAGCAACUCCACCGACAUCCCCCUCAACAUCGAGUGCUUCAUGGACGACAAGGACGUGUCCGGGAAGAUGAAUAGGGCCCAGUUUGAAGAGCUGUGCGUGGACCUGAUCGAGCGGGUGUCGGUCCCCCUGGUGGCAGUGAUGGAGCAGGCUCUGCUGCAGCCCCAGGACAUUAGCGCUGUGGAGAUUGUGGGCGGUGCGACCCGAAUCCCUGCCGUCAAAUCACAGAUCUCCAAGUUCUUUGGGAAGGAGGUCAGCACCACGCUGAAUGCAGAUGAAGCUGUAGCCAGAGGCUGUGCUCUGCAGUGUGCCAUUCUGUCCCCUGCGUUCAAAGUGCGGGAGUUCUCCAUUACUGAUGUCCUGCCAUUCCCGCUGACUCUCGCCUGGAGCACGGAAGCAGAUGAAGGAAAUGGAUGCCAUGAACUCUUCUGCAAGAAUCAUGCAUUUCCAUUCUCCAAAGUCAUGACAUUCUACCGGAAGAAUCCUUUUACACUCGAGGCCUCUUAUACAGACCCGACUUCCUUGCCUUACCCACAAGCCAAGAUCGGUGAAUUCGCGGUGCAGAAGGUCUCCCCUCAGGAGGACGGUGAGCGCUCCAAGGUGAAGGUGAAAGUGCACGUGGACACGCACGGGGUCCUUGGCGUGUCCUCCGUCACCAUGGUGCACAAGCUGAAGGUGGAGGAGAAGGCCGUAGCCACUGAAGACACGCCAGAGGAGACCAACACUCAAACCAGCGUGGACAACCCCGAUGCCCAGGACGAGAUACAAGAUGGUGAGGUCCAAGGCUGGGUUGACACUGGAAAGCAGGCGGCUCCACAGCGCCCCCCUGUGGAUGGGGGAGGACAGAACAAUCCACUGAGCGGGAAUAAUAAUGCAGACCUGAAUACCCACCAUCCACCAGAUGCCAAGAAACCCAAGAUGAAGGUCAUGCACAUCAGCCUGCCCGUUGAGGCCAGACUAGUACAGCAGCUGGGAAAGGAACGACUGCACAACUACAGAGAGCUGGAGGUUAAGAUGAUCACACAAGACAGGCUGGAGAAGGAGCGGAGCGAUGCCAAAAAUGAGCUGGAGGAGUAUGUUUACUACUUCAGACACCAGCUGGAAGGGCCGUAUCAGAUGUUCCUGGGUGCAGAGGAUCAAGACAAGUUCUCGGAGCUCCUGACCAAGACUGAGAACUGGCUUUAUGAUGAAGGAGAUGACCAGGAUAAAGAAGUGUAUCUGGACAAGCUGGAACAAAUCCAGAGGCUGGGCAUGCCUGUGCAGGAGAGAUACCAGGAGGCCGAAUGGAGGCCCAAGUUGUUUGAGGAGCUCAAAGCCAAAAUUCAGACGUACGUGAUGAUCAUGGAGGACUACAACAACAAGGAUGAGAGUUACAUGCACAUAGACCCAGGGGACAUGGAGAAGGUGAGGAGCUGUGUGCAGGACAUGCAGGAGUGGGUGACCACCACCAGCUCUGCCCAGGACCGCCUGCGCCCAGACCAGGACCCCGCGGUCCACAGCUCCCAAAUCAGGGAGAAGCUACAGGAGCUGAGGAAUGUGUGUGAGCUGGUGGUGACCAAGCCCAGGCCGAGAGUGGACUCCCCAGCAGAGGAGUCCGCUCCGACGGGGGGGACGGACCACGGCAAGCAGGCCGAGGAAGUGACUCUGGAGCACGAGACGGGAUUACAGAACAAUGAAAUGUGCGCGUCCUGCAUGGAGGACGAUUAGAGCCAGAAUUGGCUGUGACAAUCUGUCGAGUUAAAAGAAGCAAAAAUUACACAAUGUCAUUUAUACCAAGCACACUAUAUUCUGCACCAGUGCCGUCACUUUGGCCCUGACACGGAUCUGUAUGUCCUGUGUGUCACAGCAAGAAAGCCACAUUGUUUUGUUUUUUUUGGUUUUUUGUUCAUCAGUGGACUUUAAUGUUGGUUUGUUUCCUGUUCUUCUUGAUUUUUCUUAGUGUAUUUAUUCCGGGUUAUGGGUUCAUGUAUUAUUAUUUUUAUAUUUUUCUGUUAAUUAAUGGGUUUUUCUUUCUUUGUAUGUAUGUAUGUAUAUUCAGGUUCAGACAUCUUCUGUGUUUUUACAUGAUUUUUGCUGAUGCUGUGUCUGAACAAUUUGCCAAUGGAAAAAAAUUGUGAGCAGUAAAGUUUGUCUUGCUUGCUAUUUCAGGGAAGGUUAAACCAGAGGACACAAUUCACUAGAAAGUAAGAAUAAGAAUCAUAAGAAUUUAAAUGUUGACUUUAAAUGUAUUUGCUACUGUACACAAGUGAAUAGUUAGCUGUGAAUAAAAUUAUACCAGGGUGAAGUGCUGAAUGCAA